GAACCAAUCGGACAGUUUCAAUCAUCGCCUGCGCGCAUGAUGGUCAGCGGACACGUGGCAGUGUGACUCCCACGUAUUCGCCAAAAGGAUACUUCAGUGCGAGGAUACCGAGGCGCGAGCCUCAAACGUCACCCUCCGUAGUACUAAUCAAUUCGUAAUCUAUCCCAGCAGGCAGCGCCCAGCAAGCAGCAUGGCGGCCCCCGUGCUCGUGUCACCCGCGGCACUGGCGGCUCUGGAGGGCGAGGGUUGGCACGUUCUACCGCACGCGCUGCUCUCGCUCCUGGCCGCGAAACCCGCCUCCGCCGACGUGGCCCACGAUGCCGCGACCCAGCCGUCCUCGCUCCCCGCCUCACUGCCGCCCGCAGCGCCCUCGGCGCUCUCGGCGCCGCUCUCGUUGCAGCAGGUGCGCGCGGCGGCGCUGGACUUGGACCUGCGGAGAUUCGGGCAGGGGUGCCUGCCGGACGACGUGAACCGGGUGGAGAGACGGCGGCUGCAAGGAAGGUUCGUCGUGCAGGUGGUGUCAGUGGUGAACGUGUGCGAGCCUAAGGGCGGGGAGGACGCCGAGUCUGCUGCAGGCGCUGGCGAGGACGACCCCUGGGAAGACGACGACAGGCCGCCCAGCACCACUGCUGCUGCUGGUGCCGCUGCAGCCAGUGGUGCUGGUGUGGAUGGGUCGGGAGGGAGAGCGCUCCCCAUGGGUGGUGUAGGCAGCGGCAGCAGUGGAAGAAGGCUGCUGCGCGUUCGGGUGACGGACGGCAAGAGGAAUGCGAGUGGGGUGGAGGUGCACCCGUGCCCCCACGUGCCCGCUGCUGUUGCUCCAGGGACCAAGCUGCUGCUCACCAACCCAUUCAUCCGUCACGGCUUCAUUCUCCUCGACCCACAAUCCGUGCAAGUGCUGGGUGGGCGCGUGUCCCCCCUCUAUGAGGAGUGGGACAUGCAGCGCCGCUACUCCCUCCUCCCCUCCCUCACCCCCACGCCUGCCUCCUCCUCCCGCUCCUCCCGCACUGCCUCUUCCUCCUCCACCUCCACCUCCUCACUCCCUGGUGCUGCUGGCGGCCCGCCUCCCUUCCGAGGGGUCACAGACGCGCGCCUGCAAGCAGUGCCUGCAGCCAUGCCUGUGCCUGCCACCACAGCCACAGCCUCCAAGCCUGCAGAAACAACGGCCACAGCAGGACCCCACAUAGGGGACACAGCUGCACACGUGGCAUCUGGAGCCCCUGGAGGGAAGGUGGCAUCUGGAGCAGGUGCUGCUGGUGCUGCCCUUCCAGCAGCAGCAGCAGCAGGUGGUGCAGCACCAAGAGAGGGGGAUGGUGGGGCGGCAGAGGAGGGCGAGGGGGGGUCAGCAGCGGAGGCAGCGAGGGAGAGGGCGGUGGAGCGGGCGAGAGUUGAGGCUGCCGCUGCUCUGAAACAGCUCGCCCCGCACGACAGGGGUGCUUCCAGGAAGCUGCUGGAGCGGAUGGGGGAGGAGCAGGGGCGGGGAAGAGGCAGGAGGGGAGGGCCCCAAGUGAUGUCAGAUGAGGAACUUGCAAGGAAGCUUCAGGCAGAAUUGGAUAUGGAGGACAUGGGAGGCUGGGCACACGCAGCCCACGCGCCACCACACGCACACCACACGCCCCCUGCUGCCACGUCAGCAUCGGAGCAGCUGCAGCAGUCACUGUUCACCUUCCAGCCCGCUGCAGAGCCAGAGGGAUACCACGAGGGGGGCAGAGGAGGGCGAGGUAGGCGGGGGAGGGGAGGGUUUGGAGGUGGCACCAGCGGGCGCUAUGGGGGGAGAAGGGGAGGAAGAGGAGGCAGAGGGUAGCAGUGUGCCGCUGUGGUUGCGAGGGGCACACGCUUCAGGCUGGUUGCUCCACAUCCUCUGUGUGCCAGCGGCUGCUCAACCUCCUUGCUCAGGCUGCUCUGCCUGCCAGGGUACACUUGCGCUGCCGAGCUUUCUCACAAGAUAUGGUAAUACCCAUAUCACAAGAAGCUGGAUGGUUGCAUUGCAUGCAUGCAACGAUAUGGUUGCGUUGCAUGCCUUCUGGAUGAUGGCAAGCAGCAAGAGCGCAGCAGCUGAGCACAGCCAAGUUGCUGCCAUGCAUGGCAGGGAGUUUGCCCCUCGCACCCUCGUUUCAAUCCCAACCGCUUUGAGUGCCAUGGUUGCUGUUAGAGCGUGUUCCUAUGAGCCUCUUCCCAAGCAACCUCUUCCCAGACUCUCCCACUACAGUGUCGCGAAUUUUGACGCGAAAAGUUAUUGUGCGGCUCUGCAAAGUGCGAAGUAAGGUAUGUCUUCCCGUGAUUCAGGGGCGUGUUUUGAAACCUUUUUCCAGACGAACAGGUUUUCAGACGCACGAAUCUGCACAGUAGAAUUUUGACUCGAACUGUUUUUAUGUGGUUGAUAGCGGUGGAACGCAAAUAUGAAACGCGUGUACUCCGAAAAGUAGUCCUGAG